AUGGCGCCUAAAAAGAUGUCUUUAGAGGAAUUCAUGAAGGAUGAAGAAUUUGGUGGAUCUUGGGCUGAUGAGCCUGUUGAUUAUGCCUCAAUCUCCGUCCCCAUUGAUCAUAAAACAUAUAAUCAUCAUGACGAUUUUAAUAGAUUUAGGAAUUAUGGUGAUUCUCAUCUUGACAACGGUCCUCCUUAUAUAGUCAAGGUAUUGAAUCUACCAAUUUCAGUGAAUGAUGAUUUUAUAAUCGAUUUAUUCAAAAGUAGGUAUACUAAUUUUGUUAAAUGUAAGAUUGUUGUUGAUCCAUCAUCAAAUAUUUUACAAACUAAUAUCAUUAAAAAAGUAGCAUUUGUGGAAUUAAAUAGUUUCCAAGACUUGUCCAAAGUAGUUAAAUGGCAUGAUUUGUAUUAUGGUGGUAAUAAGAAAGUUAUAAUUGAAAUGGCAGAUUUCCAAGAUUUUCAAAAUUGUAUUAAUUUUAAUAGUCAACACUUUGAUGAAAUUCAACAAAUUGAACAAGAUUUCUUAUCAGGAAAGUUGAAAGUCAAUCAUGGAUUUAGAGAUAAUUUCCAUCAUACUCCUGGACACCAUCAUAAUUUUAAUUCUAUGCAUUCAUCUCAAGGCAAUUCGCAUAAUAAUUCAAACCAUAUUGUUCAUCAUGAUAAACCAAAAGUCAAUCCUUUCGGUGCAGCUAAACCUGUUGAUGUGGUUGCAAGGCAACAUGAAAUUGAGAAGAAAUUGAUCACUAUUAAUCCUACAACUGUCAAAACCAUUGCAGUUGAUGAUGAUGAAGUUUCGAAACCAAAACCCAAUACUAAUCCUUAUCAUAAUGGUGUGAGUUUGGCAGAGUUAUUAAGUAACAAACCCAAAGAAGCUGAAUUUAAGAAAGAUUCUCCUAAACCUCAGAUUGCCAAACCUGUAAUUUUGAAGAAAAAACCUACCAAAGAAAAAUCCGAAACUUCUCCUUCAGUUGAGGUCACUGAAAAGGCUAUUUCUGAUUCUAUCAAUAAUGAACCUAUUGAGGCUAAUCUUGAAUCUAAGAAUGUUCUGGUACCAAAAGUUGAUCACCCUGAAGAGAUAACCAAACCCGAGAUAAAAAACGAUGCAAAACCUUCAAGCAAAUUCGAUUUUUCCAGCCUUCAAAAUCGUCAUGAAUCUAAAGUCAAUAAAUUAAGACAAAAGUUCGAAAAAUCGAGUAAAGUUAAGUCUGAAUCAAACUUCGAAGCUAAUGAUGCCGUUGAAUUCAAAAAAUUCAACAAAUUCAAAUCUGAAAGAGUCAAAGUGAGUAAAUUCCAGAAACCUGAAAUCGAAUCCAAAAAAGAAGAACCCAAAGAGAUUAAAAAUUCUGGAAAAUCCGAAAUCAAGAAAGAUGAAAUCGUGUCAGAUUUGAGUAAAUUGAAUAUUCUGAGUUCUGGUGAUAGACCUGAUUUCAAAAAGCAUUUUGAUGAGUUGAACAAGAAACCUUAUACUCCCAAGAAGAAGUUUGGAACAUCCAGAGAAAAGCAUGACAAUUUCAAGAGGAAAGAUGAAAUUCCUGAAUUGGAAGUUCAGAAUAAACAAAUUAGACCUGACAAAAAGAAGGGAAAGAAAGAAAGAAGUCAGGAGAAAGAGGAUGUGGUCGAGGAAGCUGAAGUAAAGGAAAAACCUUUGAAACAUAAAUCAAAGCCAAAGAGAAAGAAAUCUCCAGUUGAAGGUAAGAAGGAUAUUGAGGAAAAGAAGGAAGAGAAGAAGGAUAUUGAGGAAAAGAAGGAAGAAAAGAAGGAAGAUAAGAAGGAAGAUAAGAAGGAAGAAAAGAAGGAAGAUAAGAAGGAAGAAAAGAAAGAUACAAAAGAAGAUAAAAAAGAAGAUACAAAAGAAGAAAAGUCUUCAAUCAAAGACGACCUCAAAGUCAAAAUGAGAAAACCCAAAUUUAACGUCAAAAAUCCUAAACCUAUCAAAGAAGAUAAAGAAACAGACUCCAAUGGAAAUGGAGAACAUUUAAUUGAAACUGAAGGUAAAGUAGAUGAAAGAUCUCAUGAUAAUGAAACCUCAGGACGUGGAAGAGGACGUGGGAGGGGACGUGGAAGAGGAAGAGGUAGAGGUAGAGGAAGAGGAUUUAGUCUUACAUAUGUUCGUAAACAUGAAACAAAAGAAAUCCCAUCUGUAUAA